AUGCUUGUGGAACAUUGCCGCAAAGCAUCACAGUUUUUCAUUAGGCUCAAUGGUCCGCGACCUCUUCUCCAAUAUCGACGUUUACCGAACAACAUACUGGAACUGAGGCAUACCGAAGUACCGCCUGAUUUACGUCGCAAGGGU